UAUAAGUAGGUAACAUCGAUAACAGACAUGUCGAUAUUUCAUUUUGUCAAACACUUUAUUUUGCCACGAAAACUUCUGUCUGGUUAAGAGUUUAAGUACCGAUGACUCAGAAUAUCCUGUAGCUUAGGAUUUGGUUUGGAGCAAGUUUGAAGUAUAAACUAAACUGGCUGAUUCUAAAACUGUUCUUAAAGCAAAUACUCUGACAAUGCUCUGACAUUCAGCUAUCCAACUGACAUCUAUAAUCAACGUCAACACAUACCUAAAUGUUUGGUCGUUGGUAAAUUUUUAGAAAUAUUUACAAGCGAGACAAGGUCAAGUUUAGCGUCUGAAGAGAAGUGUAAACGCCAAGGAUGUCGGCGAUAUCGCUGUCGUCGCCCACCAUGAGCGACAAGACCCUGCUGCUCAGCGUCGAGGACCUCAUUUCCUUGGCCAUGGGUCCCAGAGAGAGGAAUACAGUGAACUUCAAGAUGAUCCAGACAGUUCUGCACAUCUUGGCUCGUCAGAUGCGCGUGCUGGAGCAAAAAGUGGUGUUGGUGGCGGGUGACUUGCCCGAGCUACGGCCGCCACCGACCCGCCGAGGCAGGAGGAGAGACGACGAAGAGGUAGGCUUUUACAUAUCUCACUCCAUCGUCCCUUUCCCACUGAGGUCCAGUUCUGCGGGAACGGUUUAUAUAUAUCCCGCAAUAAUCAUGGGUGUGUUCACACUGAGAGAAAUUUGCAUCCUGUUUCUGCAAAUUAAUCUGCUGAUGAUGCUAAACUCGUAUCCCGCAAACAAACUGGACGUGUACCGUCGCGGAACGCCGCCUGAGUUCAAAUCCGAGGAAGAACGGAUCGCGUGGGAGAAAGAACAAGAUGAACUGGAAGAACGUUCUAGAGCCAGAUCUAGACGGAGACAGAGCUCCUUAGAUUUUGACGAAGAGGAAGAUGAGUACGAUAGGCCUGGGGCGGGGCGUGGCCGUCGUGAUGACGAACCAGGGGGCCGGGGCAGGUCAGGACGGGGGCGAGACGGUAGGGGAGGUGCAGAUAAGGAUAGAUCAGGCGGAAGGGCCGGAAGAGGUAGAUAUGGCGAGGAUGAGAGAGGCCGCGAUAGAUCUAGAAGAUACGACGAGGAAAGUGGUAGUGAUGGGUCGGAAGGUAGAGAUGAAGAUGGUCGACGACGUGGCAGAGGUGGGAGAUACAGCGAUGAAGAUGAAGGGGGUAGAGGGGGUAGAGGUAGAUCAAAGGGGCGUGGCGGUAGGGACAGGGACGAGGAGGACGAUGAAGGGGGUAGAGGUAGAUCACGGGGACGUGGCGGUAAGGAUAGGGACGAGGAUGAUGAAGGGGGUCGAGGUAGGUCAAGAGGGCGUGGCGGUAGGGAUAGGGAUGGAGAAGGGGGAAGGGAUAGGACAGAAAGGCGAGGCGGGCGGGAGGAUGAGGGAAGCUCUGAAGGGGAAGGGAAAGGGGGUAGAGGACGAGACGGACGGGGGAGAGAUGGUGGACGAGAUGGAAGAGGUAGAGAUGAUGCGGAACGCGGAGGAAAACAGGGCAUUGGAGUUCGUGAAAUCCAAGGGCCAGGAAAAGAAAAAGUACUUGUGGUUGAAAAAGGACCAACUACUAUUGGAUCUGCGCGCGAUCGAGACAGCAUAGCCGUGGUGACGCAGUCGCAGUUCCAGUUACUCGAAGCGCAAGUGGAGGAGCUGCUGCGUGCCGCGGGGCCGCUGCCGGAGCUGACCAUGCCUGACAACAAGCAGCUACGACAGGACCUGGCUGCCGGCGCCUCGCUUACCGAUGCCAUGCAGGCCAUGCAGGUGUCAGCUCGCGUGCAAGCCGCGGAGCAGGCCAUCAUGAAGCUGGGCGGGCUGCUGACUCAGCUCGCUGCCAGCGGGGCGCUGCCGCCCGACGCCGCCGGGGCUGUCAUGGCGGGCGGCUGGGCGGACGAGGACGAGGCGCUGAUAAAAUCAACAAGUUUGGGCACGGCGUACCAGUCGGUCCGCAUCGACCCCUCGGCUAAGGAUAUGCCUGGAGGUGGAGAGGCCGGGAAGACGGCGCCCGGAGGGACGGGGGUUCCGUCGAAGGGCAGCGUACCCGCCGCCGACAAGUUCGUCACCAAACCGGAGAUGAACUCCGCGCUGACGAAGUUCCGUGAUGAAGUGACUAAAUCGCUGCAGGGACAAAUCGACAAAGCUGCCACGGCUGCCGAGAAUGCCGAGAAGACGGCCAAGACCGUCGGCGAAAAGAUGGAGGAACUUCUAAAGAUGGACUCGAGACUGACUACGCUGCACUCCACUGUGGAGGACUACACCGAGCAGCUGAACGGCUUCGACGCUGGUCUCACCACCCAGAUGGCAAGCUUCAAGGAACAGAUGUCGACGAUGCGCGCCGAGCUGCAAGGUGGACUGGAGCAGCUGGAAGUCGGCAACAGCAACCCCGAGACUGCUGCGGUGAUGGAGUUGAACGAGCGCUUCGAGGACCUGGUGCGAGGCCUGGACGACACCCUGCUGCAGCACACGGCGCUCUCCAACAUGCAGCACCAGCUCACUCUAGAGCUGAAGACGUUGGUGGAGGGCGUCGAGAUGCUGCGGGAACAGAAGGCUGACCGGGAUGAACUCCUCGACAUUUUGCGAGACAAGGCGGACAUCAGUAUGUUGGACGGGCUGGUGCGACAGGAGGAGUUCGAAAGAGCACAAGCGGAUCUGGAGCAGCGGCUUGACCAGUGCAACGACAAGUUUAAGAGGCAGGAUGAAGUCUGGAUGGACGCAAUAAGGGACCUCCGCGAGCUCGCGGACACGAAGGCUCAGAUGACGGAGCUGCUGAAGAUCCGCGACGAGGCGACAACACAGCUCCUCUCCAUUGAUGAGAGGAUCAACCGCCUCGCCCUAAUUCUUGGAGAACCCAAGGCGGCAAUGCUGAUGCGUAAACUGGCGCGCGACGCCGUCUGCGGCUCGUGCCUGACGCCGGCCAUGAUGCACCCGGGCGCGGACCCGAUGCCCCCCGCGCUGCCCGCGGCCCACGGGCCCGCGCCGCCGCCCUGCCCGCCCGAGCCCCGCGCGCCCGACUACCCCGACUUCCGAACCCACAAAUGCCACCGCUGGGUAGGCGGCUCCCACACUUUGCUGCCACCUGGGCGAGUGCACGCCGCACCAAUAGACCUUCCUGAUGUCACAAAGAAGUAUACCGGCUACGGCGAUGAUGGACGGCUAUACUGGAUGGAAACCCCAAUGGAGCCGUGCGCAGAGUGCAACCCCGAGCCGGCGCCCGCGCCGCCCGGCACCGCGCGCAGCGACGGCGGCGCGGGCCGGGGGGGCGGCGACGCGGCGCCCACCGACUGCGCCUGCUGACAGACGCGAGGUGCCUACUCUAACAGCGACGGCGGCGCGGGCCGGGGGGGCGGCGACGCGGCGCCCACCGACUGCGCCUGCUGACAGACGCGAGGUGCCUACUCUAACAGCGACGGCGGCGCGGGCCGGGGGGGCGGCGACGCGGCGCCCACCGACUGCGCCUGCUGACAGACGCGAGGUGCCUACUCUAACAGCGACGGCGGCGCGGGCCGGGGGGGCGGCGACGCGGCGCCCACCGACUGCGCCUGCUGACAGACGCGAGGUGCCUACUCUAACAGCGACGGCGG